AUGGACUUAUUUCUUCAAAAAUAUAAAAAGGAUUUUAUCUUUGACAGUGAAAUUCCUAAGGACCCCUUGAAGGCCAUUCUGUUGGAGUUAGAAUGUCACUUUACAUGGAAUUUACUUAAGGAAGACAUUCUGUUUGAUGUGGAAGAUACAAUUGGGCAGCAGCUUGAAUCUGUCACCACAGAAUCCAGACUUACUCUUUAUAACCUAUUGGCCUAUGUGAAACAUCUAAAAGGCCAAAAUGAAGAUGCCCUAGAAUGCUUGGAACAAGCAGAACACAUAAUCCAGCAAGAGCACUCAGACAAAGAAGUGCGACAUCUGGUCACUUGGGGAAACUAUGCCUGGGUGUAUUAUCACAUGGACCAGCUUAAGGAAGCUCAGAAGCAUUUAGACAAGAUAGGGACCACCUGUAAGAAACUGUCCAGUCCUUCUGACUACAGGUCGGACAGGCCUGAGAUUGACUGUGAGAAAGGGUGGGCACUCUUGAAAUUUGGAGGAAAGUAUUACCACAGGGCAAAAGUGGCUUUUGAGAAGGCUCUGGAAGUGGAACCUGACAAUCCAGAAUUUAACAUCGGUUAUGCCAUCACAGUGUACCGGCUGGACGAUACUGACAGACACGGGUGUAUAAAGAGCUUUUCUCUGGGCCCGCUGAGGAAGGCUGUCUCCCUGAACCCAGGUAACACCUACAUUAAGGUUUUACUGGCACUGAAGCUUCAAGAUGUACAAGCAGAAGAUGAAGGGGAAAGGUAUAUUGAAGAAAUCCUGGACCAAAUAUCCUCCCAACCUCAUGUCCUUCGUUAUGCAGCCAAAUUCUACAGGAGAAAAAAUUCCUGGGACAAAGCUCUUGAAGUUUUGAAAAAGGCCUUGAAGGUGACACCAAUGUCUUCGUUCCUGCAUCACCAGAUGGGACUUUGCUAUCGGGCGCAAAUGAUCGACAUCAAGGAGGCCACAGGCAACAGACCUACAGGGGAGGAUAAACUGAGGAUGGACAGGCUUAUUACAAUGGCUAUCUUUCAUUUCAAAGUAGCUGUGCAAUGAGACUUCAAGUUCCCCUUUGUCUACACAGCCCUGGCGAGCAUGUAUGUCGAGGCAGGCCAGUGUAAUAAAGCUGAAGAAGUUUUCCAGAAAGUGCUUCAUCUGGAGAACAUAACUGAUGAUCACAAACAUCAGAUCCACUACUACUACGGCCGCUUUCAGGAAUUUCACUGUAAGUCAGAAAGUACUGCCAUCCACCAUUAUUUAGAGGCCUUAAAGAUCAGUGACCAAUCAUCCCUCCGUCCCAAACUGACAAGUGUUCUGAAGAAACUGGCUCUGAAGAGACUUGGUCAUGAUGCUUCAGAUGUGCAGUUAUGUGCCCUGGGGCUUGUUUACAAGCUGGAGGGAGAAGAGAGGCAAGCUGCUCAGUACUAUGAGCGGGCCCAGAGGAUAGAUCCAGAAAAUGCAGAGCCCCUUGCCGCUCUCUGUGAGCUUCGACUUUCUAUUUAAAUAUAUACUCUAGGAAAUUGCUUUUAAGCUUUUCUUACCAUUUUGGGCUCAUAUAUUUUUAUUGUUUUAAUCCAUUUUUUUUCAAGAUUUUAUUUAUUUAUUUGA